AUGACAUUGUCUCGUAAAAAGUCAAGUGACGUCGCGAUGCUUAUACCCAUCUGCCCAAAUGGACAUGGGACACCAUCCUGGUGUUCCCAGGAAACUAUCAGGCGGUCGCACAUCGGGGAUUUGAAGUUGGCGAGUGCCUUGAUCCUCACCGGGAACAACUUCCGCAAAGUGUCCCUCAUGGCAGAGUUUGCCCGUCUGAAUUUCAUGGGGCACUCGAUGUUUGCGGCAGUGCAAAAAAAAUACGUAUGCCCUGCUGUAGAGGCCCAUUGGAAGAAUGUUAGGAAGAAUACAAUCGAAAAACAUUCUGGCACUCCGGUUGUGGUAUGCAGCGACGGUAGGAAUGACAGCCCUGGCCAUAGUGCCCAGUUCCUGACGUAUACGUUGAUGGGGCACACCACAAAAGAUGUCCUCAACGUCCAAUUUGUGGACAAGAGAGAGGUUGGAGACAAAAGCCCUUUGAUGGAAAUGAAGGGGUUCAAGGACAGCCUUCUGGCUCUUGAAGACAGUGGCCUGGAUGUCAAGGAGGUGGUAACAGAUGCCCACUCUUCCAUUGCCAAGGUUAUGAGAGUGCAGCGACCACAGAUUACUCACUCAUGGGACACUUGGCAUGGAGCAAAGAAUCUUGGAAAGAAAUUAUCCAAGGCAUCUUCCAGAGCAGCGACUAGACCAUUAGCAUAUUGGGCUAGGCAUGUGGUUCUUCACUUUUGGUACUGUUCAAAGGAAUGCAAAGGGGACAGCGGGUCUUUCAAAGCUAAGUGGCACGGCCUCACCCACCAUGUGACAAAUAAGCAUUCUUGGGUGUCUGGCCUAGGAGGAGCCAACACAUGUGACCAUGGGCCCCUUGACAACCCGGAAAGGGAGGAGUGGCUAAAGCCUGGAGACAAGGCACAUUAGGCACUGGUGGAGGUUGCCUAUGAAAGGAAGUUCAUUAACAACUUCCACUACUUCUCCAACUUCAGGCAUACAGGUACUUUGGAAUCCCUUCACAACCACAUUCUGAUGUAUGCAUCAAAGCGGUAUUCAUUUGG